UUAGUCAUUUGUCAAAUAGCUAUGUUGGGUAUAGUACCGUUAGUGACCAUAUUUGUUUGUGGUGCCCAGGCAUUGCCGGGAAAUGUGGAAAAUGCAUUGGCAAAUGAAGAAGUUACUGACCGUUAUAUUAAUGUGGAAGAAAGAUUAUUAAGAGAUGGCUACUAUUCCGAAUCGCACACCGUAGUAACAAGUGAUGGAUAUAUGCUUGAAGUAAAUAGGAUUCCUUUCCGCCGUCAUGAAACUAUAGAUAAUGCUACGAAGAUUUCCAAGCCCGCUGUGUUAUUGAUGCAUGGUCUUCAAGGCUCCGCGAUUUCUUACGUUGUUUUAGGCAUAGGUCGCGCUUUAGCUUACAUUCUGGCGGAAGAAGGUUACGAUGUUUGGAUGGGCAACGCAAGAGGUGUUCUAAACUCACGUAGACACGUUACUUUGGAUCCUGAUGUGGACGUAGAAGAAUUCUUCGACAUCACCUAUGAAGAUAUCGGUAUGAAAGACCUGCCUGCAAUGAUCGAUUACAUUUUGGAUGUAACUGGAAAAUCACAGCUUCAUUACGUUGGGCACUCACAAGGAGGCACUGCUUUCCUUGUUCUUAACUCAAUGCUCCCGGAAUACAACCAAAAGAUCAAGUCAGCUCAUUUGCUUGCUGGUGUCGGUUAUCAGCAAAACUUCCCUAACAGAAUUUUGAGAUUGCUCGCAAUUAACACUAAUCCUAUUUACUCUUAUGCCUUAAGGAAAGGUAUCAUAGAGAUACUGGGACCUGAAUGGAACAGCUUUCUUAAUGGCGAUGAAUGUGAUGACGAUAAUAUUGAAGUUUGCGGUCUUUUAAUAAUAAAGGAGAUUAUGGGUGAUUUGUUCGUUGGUCUGGAAACAGUAGCUGGUGCCUCGAUCAAACAAUAUGCUCACUAUGGACAGAAUAUUCGGGCAAAAUCAUUUAGAAGGUGGAACCACAAUCCUGUUAUGAACAUGAUCAAGUAUGGAUCUAUCACUCCUCCUCAAUAUCGCAUAAGUGCGAUUACAAUUGACGUUACUAUGCAUUACACACUUAAUGAUGCACUUUUAGAUGAACAAGAUGUUAUUGAUAUGGCUAAAGUUAUGCAAAAUACCAAAACUCGUAAAGUACCGCGUGAAACUUAUUCUCAUACAGAUUUCGUUAUUGCACCUGAUUCUAAAGAGUUAGUGUACGAUUACAUUGUUGAAGCUUUCAAUAAAUAUGAACGUUAAGUCAAAUUUAACACUAAUAAUCUGUUCUUAAUAAAAUGUACAAUUUUUACUUUGGGACUAAAUAAUCUAUUAAGUGUAUGAUAGGUUUAUGCACAAUAUCCUGUAACCCAAUGUAUCCUACUGAAUUAUAGGAAGAAAAAUUAAAAUAAUAAAAAAGAAUAUAUAUUAUACAAAGCUGAUAUUUUUUAUAAAUUAAAUUAUUACUUUAUAAAAUAUUUUUA